GUGUCUCACUUUAAAAAUCGUACUAGGUCUUAAAAAUUGUAUUGCACUUAUGGAGGUACUAUGCAGUAUCUUAUACAGCAGGCAUUAUACACACAAGCAGGGGAAAAAUGCACUAGAAAUGAAACUAUCAAUACUUGAAUUGAUUAAAAAGAGAAACCUAGAGCUAGCCGUGAACAAAAUGAUUAUUGUAGACCUAUAUUUAGUUCGCACAAGUCUAGAUGGAGAGUAUUUACAGAAAUCUUUAAAAUAAUCCUAUUUAUCUUUAGAAAUCAUCCAAAUGUCCAGAAACAUUCCCAGAACUUGUGAGAAAGAUAAUACCAGCGGCACGCCUCUGAUGCCUUGGGAAACUUUCACCCAGCAGAAGACAAGUAGCCGACUACCCAUAAAGUGAAUGUCUGCUAUUGUUGUGCCCAGGAAGAGACAGACACCAGCAUGGCUCCACGCUCAGUUAUAAUUUCCAACUUUGGCCUUCAGAGAUUUUCUGAGAAGGACAAAUUUAAGCUGAAAAAGCCAAUGGUAGAAAAGAUGCGCAGAGACCGCAUCAACAGUUGCAUCGAUCAGCUGAAGAAGCUGUUGGAGAAGGAACUCUACAGCCAAGACCCAAACACCAAGUUGGAGAAAGCUGACAUCUUGGAAAUGACUGUCAGCUUUCUGAAGCAGCAGCAGAGGCUUCCAGGAGCACUGGCUCAGAGAGACUAUAACCAAGGCUUCUCUCAGUGCUGGAAGGAGUCUCUACAUUUCCUUAACAUCCACUCCAACAGAGGACAAUCUUCCCAGGAGGUCCAGGAGGUCUACCAGAGACCCAACACAGAGAUGAACAAUAGGUUGUCAGUGCACAGUUCCAAACACAACAGUGCAGCUCAACCUUCCAGACCUGUUUGGAGGCCCUGGUAGAACCUUGGAAGACUGACAAUCCCUGAGGAACAGUGACGUUCAUGUCCCUCAAGAAAGUAGGAGAUAUUAAUUUCCAGAAUUUAAGUUUUGCUAUCAUAUUGAUUGGCAAAACCUUGUGAUUUUUGUUUCGUCAGUGAGAUGAAAGACUUUAAAGACUGUGGCUUUAUUAGAUAUAGCUUUUUGGCUCUUAAUGUGAUGUUUCCCCCAUGUACCAUUUUCUCAUUUCUAUUACCUUCUUUUUACUUUUAUUUUUUAGAGUGAAAGGUUAGUACAUGGUUUGUGUGAUGUCUGUGUGUUUAAUUACAGUUUACUCCAGUGGAGUCUAUAUGGUAUGCAAAUCAGAUCUAUGAAUUUGUGUUGUAUUUCCAGGUGUUUUAGAGAAUAUUUCUCAUUGGGUGGCAAAUGCAGUAAAAUUUUUGCAAUUUACAAUUAAGGGAACCUUUGAUGAUGGAUCCAAUCCUUUGUGUGUAUUUCUGUGUAUGCUAAUGUGUGCAUAUAUGUACUUGUUUUGUGUUUUAACAUAUUUUAUCAUUUCUUUUGUAUGGGCAAGCUCUUAUAUCUUUGUUAAUAAAGUUUUAUUUUUCAAAUAAAAUAUUCAC